AUGAAUGGCAAUGGACAUAUAGUAAACGGCCACACAGCUGUCCUACCAAAUGGAAUACCUCGAACUCCUCCGUCGGACUGGGUAGUCCAGAAAUUUGGAGGCACAAGUGUCGGCAAGUUCGCGCAUCAGAUAGUUGAGCAGGUCAUCCAACCGAGCACCCUCACGAACCGUGUUGCUGUUGUAUGCUCUGCCCGGAGUAGCUCCUCCAAGGCGGAUGGGACCACUAAUCGGCUCCUACGAGCUGCACGCGAGGCAGAGAAUCCCAAAUCGUCACAGUACAAGACCCUAGUCGACACAGUCCUAUCCGAACAUAUCAGCGUGGCCAAUGAACUUAUCCAUUCGGUGGAGUUGAGAUCACGAUUGGUCUCCGAGUUUGAUACCGAAUGCCAGCGAGUGCUGAAAAUACUAGAAGCUGCUCAGACGCUUGGAGAGAUUAGCAGCAGAUGUGUCGACAUGGUCAUAAGCGCUGGUGAAAAACUCAGUUGUCGUCUGAUGGCUGCUUUGUUGAACGAUCGCGGAGUUGAUGCUGCAUAUAUCGACCUUUCUGAUGCUAUAGAUUUUGCACCUGGUGUCCAAGCACUGGAUCAAGAGUUCUAUGACCGCCUAGCCAAACUCUUUGCUGAAAAAGUGCUUGCCUGUCCUGGUAGGGUACCUGUGCUAACUGGCUACUUUGGACUCGUUCCAGGAGGCCUCCUGGACAAGAUUGGCCGUGGCUAUACAGAUCUAUGUGCUGCACUGGUAGCUGUUGGACUAUCUGCACAGGAGCUACAGGUCUGGAAGGAAGUAGACGGAAUCUUUACUGCCGAUCCCAGGAAAGUUCCUACUGCCCGGUUGCUAUCUGCCAUCACUCCGGCAGAGGCUGCCGAGCUGACAUUCUAUGGCUCCGAGGUCAUCCACCCCUUCACCAUGGAGCAGGUCAUCCGUGCCAAAAUCCCUAUCCGGAUCAAAAACGUCAUGAAGCCCAAGGGCAAUGGUACCAUAAUAUUCCCGGAUUCGCGCUCAGAGUUAGAGCGAACAACUCCAGGACAUGACCCCAAAUAUUUCCGCACACGAGGCCCUCACUUCUGGGCCCACAGUGAAGGCCCCAAACGACCAACUGCCGUGACGGCAAAGCAUAAAAUUUUGGUCAUUAAUAUACACUCUAAUAAACGGUCUCUCUCCCACGGGUUCUUUGCUGGGAUAUUCUCAGUCCUCGACAAAUGGAGGCUAUCGAUAGAUCUCAUCUCGACUAGUGAGGUGCAUGUCUCGCUGGCCCUGCAUUCUGAGCUCCCUCUUCUCAAUGGCGUGGGUCGGGAUGAAUACCAAAUCAUCGACGAGGAUCUUCGCGGGGCAAUCCAAGAUCUAAGAAGAUACGGUACAGUCGACAUUAUACCAGAAAUGGCCAUCUUAAGUCUUGUCGGUCAGCAGAUGAAAAAUAUGGUUGGGGUUGCUGGUCGCAUGUUCUCCGUUCUAGGGGAACAUAACGUGAAUAUUGAAAUGAUUUCACAAGGCGCCAGCGAAAUCAAUAUAUCCUGUGUGAUCGAAGAGAGAGACGCUGACAGAGCCAUCAACAUACUUCACACUAAUCUUUUCACCUUCCUCGAAUAA